AUGGCCGAUCCACGCAUUCGUACAAUAAAAAUUAAAACAGGUGUUGUGAGGAGGUUAGCAAAAGAAAAAAUUGUGUAUGAACGUGAAGCUGAGGCGCAAAAAGUACGCAUUGAAAAACUAAAGGCUCAAGGAAAAGACGAAUAUGAACUUAGAAAGCAAGAUGAAGUUCUCGCUGAGGGUUUGAUGAUGGUUCCAGAUUGUCAAAGAAGACUAGCCGUUGCUUACGACGAUUUGAAGGGAAUUUUGGAAUCAGAAAAAGACUUAAUCGAAACCGAAGAAUAUAAAGCCGCUCAGAAGAUUCUCGACGAAGCUAAGUAUCAGCUCCCCAAGGCCGGAGAGAUGCAUAUGUGUUAA